AUAAGGAAGGAUUCCUUAGUGUGCAACACAAGAUAACAUUUUCUUAAAAAUCGCAGCAGUAAGUCUGUGAAGUGACUUUAGCACAUGUGUUGUUGUGAGUUGCUGAACUGUUUAUUAAACACACAAUGCAGGCUACCCGCGUGGAUAAUCAACAUGUUCUACUAACAUGAAGUGAGCACUUACAAGGAGAACAGGAAGUGCACCGUUUCCUGGGAUUUCGUCUGCUGCAUGUGAAGAGCACUUCCUUUCGCCCGUCGCUCGUUCACUUCGUCGAUAUGGAGGAUCACGCACUGUAUUCUGCACCAUCUACGCCAAGACCAACAGAUGGCAUGUCUCCCUCACCAUCUACGCCAACACCAGUUACUAGGCCUAUGUCUAAUACGGAAUGCACGUAUAAAAUGACUGAUUCCGAACUGCCAAACUUUGUGAAGUUAAGAGUGACAAACAGAGCACUUUUCACUGGGCGGAGAAAUUCAUCAAAACUUGCUUGGAGGACCAUUUUAAAAGAGAUGGGUCUUCAGGGAAAGAUGUCAGCCUGGCAAGGAAUGAAGAAAUGGGACAACCUUAAAAACCGAUACAAGGAACUGAAGAACCCGCCACCUGGAGUCACUGUAACACCUGAAUCGUGGCGCUGGUUCAAGCUCAUAGACGACGCCAUGGAGGGGAGGCUAGAUGGCAGCGCCAAGGUUUUAUCCAUCACGUCUGCAGUGACCAGCAACGACAACGAGUUCCUCCCCAGCCAGCGCCCUGGCAAGCGGCAGAGGUGCGUCACAGGAUACGAGGACGCAGUUGGCGGCGAGACGGAGCUUGUGGUGAACACAGACGACCUGUGGGGUGGCGCCUCGGGCGAGACACAGGAGUUUGAGUGCGACAGGCAGGAGAUCGAGCAGGAGAGGGCGCAGCUGGACAGCGACCGGGUGCUGGUGGAGAAAGAGAGGGAGGUGCUGGAGCGAGAGAGGAUGGUGAUGGAGCGCGAGAGGGCCGGCCUACAGAGGGAGCUGGCCGCAGUGGACCGAGACAGGGCCGCACUGGAAAGAGAGAGAGCGUCUGUGGAGAGAGACAGGGCGGCGCUGGAUUGGAAGACGGCCCAGCUGGAGAAGGAGAAUGCAAGGAUGGAGAGAGAAAAGCUAGAUCUCAGCAGAGAUAGAGUGGCAUUUAAGAAAGACAGUACAGUUCAAACAAACGGAGGACGAAGCGCGCCAGAGGAGAUUAAAGAAGUGGAACUUGACGCAGAGCAGCUGGAGAGGAGACAGAGGUUCCUUGACUUAUUUGAGAAACUAAUAGAAAAAUUCUAAUAACAGACCAAGCUCAAGGUCCUGUGUAGGGAACAAUAAAGCACAAUGAUCUGGCUUUCCUCCUAAUGGGAAAAAACCCCUUCAAGGUGCUAUGAAUAGAAAACAUGAAGGAAUUGCAUAGAACCUGAAAUGUUCUUUAUUAUUUUGCCACACAACACCAGCAGAUAUAUUUUGGGCACACAGCUUUGCUUAAAAUGUGGACCUUCCUAUAAAUGGUGAUUGAGCUGGAAAAAAAAACAUUUCCUUUGGUGCUACUGUCGUGUUAUGAUAACACUUUUUUUUUAUUGAGUAGAUUUUUUUAUUUGUAUUAUUGCUCUAUUUAAAGCAUGGACAUUUCAGAAUAGGACAGGACAUGUUGUAUCCUAUGCUUAUGCCAAACAAACGAUUUGAUAUUAAAAAUGUUGAGCCGUU